AAAACGCUAUUUUCCUUGCCGUUAACAUGAACCGGAGGCUACUCGGCGUUAUGUCAUAGAAUAAUGCUUGUCGGUAACUGAGAGUCUGCUCUGCAAAAUCUUUCUUAUUUUAUUUUCAGCUACUGUCAACUGAAAUGAAUACACUUACUUUAGUUGUUGGAAUAGGAGGGGUGACCAAUGGCGGGAAGUCCACGUUGGCUACCAAUCUACAGAAGAAGCUGCCACACAGUUGCAUCAUUGCACAGGACACAUUUUUUAAAGAUGACUCCGUGGUACCUGUCGACAGUAAUGGAUUCAAACAAUAUGACCUGCUGGAUGCUCUGCACAUGGACAAGAUGAUGGAGGAGAUCUACUCGUGGUGGCGGGACCCACAGUCCUACCACCAGUCAACAUGUGCCACAACGGAAGCUGGCCGCACGGAGGUCUUUGUGGUGAUCGUAGAGGGCUUCCUCAUAUUCAACCACAGGCCUUUGAAUGAAUUAAUGAACAAAAAAUACUUCCUGGAAAUCCCUUAUGAUGAAUGUCAGAAUAGGAGAUGUUCAAGAGUGUACACGCCCCCAGAUCCGCCGGGGUAUUUUGACGGACACGUUUGGCCGAUGUACCUGAAGAAUCGUCAGGAGAUGCAGCUGCAAGGGAUCGUUUUUCUGGAUGGAUUGAAGUCAGAAGCUGAGCUACUAGGAUAUGUAUAUGAUGAUAUAACUACGGAAAUCAAAAACCUCAGGGGAAAGACUGAAAUUAAUUCAGUCAAUUUGUAAGGAUCAAAGCAGAUGUCAUGGAAGUUUGUCAAUUCUCCCUGCUGGACCAAAUGUUUUUCAUUGCAAAGACUGUUAUUUUGGUAUUGAGGUUUAAGCCCUUUUUCACUUUUAUACGUGGUGCUUGGUUCAUUGAACGUUUGAGCAUUAAUAUGCAAGUUAUUAAGCCAAUAGGACACCCAAUAUGCUACUUAAACCACUCUGUAUUUUAACGUCUGUUAUGCAUUGACAAAUUCUGUGUGAUGUUUAUGUACUGGUAUUUUUUAUUCCAUACUAUACUGAUAAAAUAAUUAUUGUGGUACUUGUUACAACAUUGGUACAUACAGUACCAAUGUUUUUAUCUUUCAAGCUAUCUGUCUUAAUCAUUAAUUAAAAUGUGAAAAAUCUAUUUGAAAAGUGGACUAAAUAAAUAUUAGGAUUUCCAUACUUCCAGGGAUGUACAAGUGUGGGACUGGGUGUGGAUAAUGGGUGGUUUGGGCAGCACCUACCUGGCCGAAUCUGAUUGGACUCUUGGGCUGGGUGACGCUGCACAACUGUUGCACAUUGAGUAUCAGUGUGCAGUGCACAGGUUAAACCAGCAAUCUCCAAAACACACUUCUCCUAGAUGGCAACAUGUAACACCAGGACAUGGUUAAUUUUGUGCAAACUAAUAAAACAAAAACGGAUUCAACAUCACCAACCCGUGACCUUUGUCUGGAGGAGUCCAAUAUAAGUCACUUUUGUGGAGUAUGGCAGCCAACUAGGUGGUGUGUGUAGCCAUUGGCUUUGCUUAAAUAAGCUUACAAUUUUAAGCAAAUAACACAAGUUAAAUUCUGCAUCAGCAUUCAGUUACUUUUGUCUGGUUUCAACAAUGGGGAGAGGCAGCUUAUUUUUGUUGUUCUUCUUUCUCCUUAUUUAAAGGUGAGGUAUCAAUUCUGUCUUACACAAUGCAGGCCAUGCAUUUCUUUUUAAAAGACAUUUGUUUACUAUGUCUGUUCCUUUACAGUCAACAGCUCUAUUCAUAUAUAACUAAUAACUAUUAUUUAAUAACUGGCUAAUAAUAAAAUUGGUGACAAAUAUCUUAUCUUCCUGGUUGUGACACUUAUAAUACAUGACAAUCAAUGAAUUGCAUUACUGAUGUGAAUCAUUUCUUUAUUUUCAGAUCUUACCGGGAAGCAACUCCCUGAAGUAGCCGACUUCAGCUAUAACUUAAUUAAUUAAUUUUCUGCUUGGCCACCCUUUGGAACACAAAUGCUAUUCUUUUGAGCAGAACAACCGAGUGUGUCUAAGGCCCAUUUAGAGUUGCAGGAGUUGGUCUCAAUCAGCAGGAGGCGCUGAUGGGAACUUCAUCUUGUGGAUCUACAACACAAAGACGGGACUGUGGUUGAACGGAAAGCACAGUCCCCAGAAAUACAUCACAUCAAGAUUAUAUUGUAUUGUAAAAUAGUACAAUGAGCAGGGCCGGCAUCAGUGGACUAAGUGCUCGCUUAGGGCCUCCAUUGCCACCAGAGGGCCCCAAAGAGCCGGCCUACAAAGGCUUUUUUAUUUAAGUAUACCUCAUCAUUCCUCAUUAUUUAAUUAUCAUAUUGUCUGUUUUUUAUAGGGGUACAUUUAUCAAAUGUAUUUUAUCAUUAGAUAAAACUUAUUUUUGAUAGCAGUUGAUAGCUGUUUUGGACAUUGCACAUUUAUUAAACCAAAAAGCUAUUAAGGUGGUAAAGAUGUUUACAUUAAAUGCAUAACUGUAUCACUUUGAAUAUUACAUGAACACCUUGUGACCUUUCAAGAAUAAGAGCUAUAGAAUGUUUUAAGAUUAAAAACAAGGUUGAAAACAUGCCAUGCUUACCUUGGUAUGAUUUGAGCAAUAGCUACAACUUAUAUAAUUGAUAAUGGGUUUGUAAGAUUUGCAGUUGGUAUGUGAAUGAGCAUUGACAAUCAAUAGUAUUGCCUGCAAUGAGGCACCAGGGGGACCCAGAAUCAAAUUCUGCCUAUGGGUCCAAGAUGACAUCACCAAGUGUCAGACCAAAGUUGAUCGGUUGCUCAAAACCGAUCCGACUGUAUCGCAGAAUCUCCCCGUCUAUAUAUGGCUACAGCUUAUUUCUUUUUGGAUAAGAUCACAUGAAUGAUCAUAAGUAUGGCCGAAGAAGAUUUGGGAGUGUGUCUGGAUGAUGGCUGGUCAAAGCAGACUCACCUGGCUGGGUUUGAUUGGAUUCCGGGGCUGGGUGAGGCUGCAGACUGGUUGCACAUUGAGUAAUCAGUGUGCACAGGUUAAACCAGCCAUCUCCACCCACACUCAGGGAGAUAUCCUGCAUGGCAAUAGAGCACCCUUUCCAUGUGCAUUACCUGCAAAACUCGAAAUAAGACGGCUUUAACAUCACCACCCGUAUCCUUUGUUUGGGUGAGCCAAAGAAAAUCCACCUAGGCGGAGUCAGGAGUGUGGCAGCCACCUAGGUGGCAUAGGCAGCAGGGACUUUACUACACUGUGUGUGUGGAGAUGGCUGGUUACCUGGGCACACUGAUUACUCAAUGUGCAACAGGUGUGCAGCCUCACCGAGCCCCAGAGUCCAAUCAGAAUCAGCCUGGUGAUGCUGAUUAAUCAUUAAAUCGUAUUGUCCCUUAGAUCUCGCUCUGAUUGCAUUCAUUUUGAACUGUUUGUUAGCCCCACCAUUUCUAUAUUCUUUGUUGCUACCUUGCUGUCUUUGGACAAGUAAGAGGAAAGAGGCCUGUAUACAUGUACAACACGUAGUGCUGUUCUCUGUUUAGACAUUUAAGGUUAGCAGUGUUGCUUUCCCCUGUACUUUAUGGUUAAGUAAGUAGAUGUGUGGUCUACUGGCAGCUGGUAAGCUUUACUUCCCUGUGUUAGCUGUUAACUUAGCUUUGUUUAGUUAUUUUCUUUGGCAACACUCAUGUCCGAAGACCCGGUAGCAUUGUGGUGAUUGUUUUUGGUUUUGUGUGCAGUGCCCCAAUAAACAUGUUCAUCAUCUGGUGUUCACCCACUACUGACUCAUCUAUGAUCUAUAACCUGGCCAUUUAAACAUCAGUUACCUCUCUCCGUACCCUGUGACAGUGGGGUUGAAACAUUGCCACAAAGUGUUUAUAGUGUAAUCAGCCAUGAAAUCUGUGAUUAUAGGCACAACUAUAGUAUUGUUUAUGUGUUUUGGUAUUUCUAAUAUCCUUAUUUAGGACUAUAUUUGGAAGUAAGACGUAAUUAACAUGAUCUACCGAUGGGACUUGUAAAGAAAUUAUCUCUUUUGCAAUCAUCUUUUUAUCAUUGCAUUAUUUUACCCUUGGGAUCUUGCAUGCAGUUGUUCUCGGAAACAUUCUGAGCCGGAAGGCCCUAAAGUAUGACAAU